UGCCACUUCUUUUGGUCUGACUCUUCGACAAGUCGGUUGCUUGACGUAUUUUUGUUUUUCCGUUUAACGGCACAGUUUUGACGGCGAACCGGCGUGUUGCAAUUCCUCGCAACUUUAGUCUCCUCCCUCUUUCCCGCUCGCAAGACGCCGCCCCGAAUCGCCGCAUCCAUCUCUCUCGCUCGCACGGCGAUACGUCUCGAUGCGAUAAAUUUGAAUGUCUCCACAAAGGUGGCGGGCGAGCUCCAAGACAUCGCCAUGGCCCGGCCGCCCGCGUCGUCCUGCUGAGGAGUCCUGAGGAGUCCGCAGCGCGUCAACCACUACACUAGCUGAAAGGCCCCGGCCCAAGCACCCCAAGAUGGUGGAUGACACGCUGACCCCGCUGCCCGGGUCGGAGACCAAGGUCUACGGCCGGCGGUGGCUCAUGCUGGCCAUGUUCGUCACCCUCUCCAUGACUUCCGCCUUCCAGUGGAUCAUGUACUCCAUCAUCUCCGACGCCAUCAUGGGCUACUACAACGUGGAGGCCUUCGCCGUGGACUGGACGUCCAUGAUCUACAUGGUCACCUACAUCCCGCUCAUCCUGCCCGGCUCCUGGCUCCUGGACAAAAAGGGCCUGCGCUGGGCGCUGGUGCUCGCGGCGCUGGGAACUUGCGCCGGCUCCUGGAUCAAGGUGUUCUCCGUGGCGCGCGACCGCUACUGGGUCACCUUCCUAGGCCAGACCGUCGUGGCCGUGUCCCAGGUCUUCAUCCUCAACGUGCCCGCCCGCCUGGCCGCCGUGUGGUUCGGCCCCGGGCAGGUGUCGUCGGCGUGCUCCAUCGGCGUCUUCGGCAACCAGCUCGGCGUGGCGCUUGGUUUCGUGGUGCCGCCCAUGCUCGUCCAGAACAACACGACGAACCCCGAGUUGAUCGGCGACCAGCUGCGCGUCCUGUUCUACAUCGUGGCCAUCACCACGUCCGUCUUGCUGGUGCUCAUCCUAGUCACCUUCCAGGCAGGCCCGCCGCUGCCACCCAGCCCCGCGCAAGCCACCAUCAAGGCCACCGAGAACGAGGGCUUCUUCAUCUCCGUCAAGCGGCUAUCCACCAACCCAGCCUACAUCUUGCUGCUCGUCUCGUACGGCGUCAACAUCGCCGUCUUCUACGCCAUCAGCACGCUGCUCAACCAGGUCGUCCUCAAAGUGUUCCCGAGCAGCCACGACGCCGGCAACAUCGGGCUAGUCAUCGUGCUGGCCGGCAUGAUGGGCUCCGUCGUGUGCGGCGUCGUCCUGGACUCGACCGGAAAAUUCAAGGAGACGACCCUGGCCGUGUACGCGCUGUCGCUGAUCGGCAUGGUGGUCUACACGUACUCCUUCUUCACGGGGUUGAUCUGGGUGGUGUACCUGGCGAGCGCCGUCCUCGGGUUCUUCAUGACGGGCUACCUGCCGGUGGGCUUCGAGUUCGCGGCCGAGCUGACCUACCCCGAGCCGGAGGGCACGUCGGCGGGGCUGCUCAACGCGGCCGUGCAGCUCUUCGGCAUCCUGUUCACCAUGUUCUACGGCUGGGUGUUCGAGCGCUCCGGCCACCUGUACGCCAACGUGGCCAUGUGCCUGGCGCUGCUCGUGGGCACCAUCAUGACGGCCCUCAUCAAGAACGACCUGCGGCGCCAGGCCGCGCAGAAGUGCCCCAUGGAGCGCGCCAUCACCGUCAGCACCAUCGGCGGCGCCGAGCAGAUGUUGGAUGAUGGCGACGUUGUUGCUGAGAUUUUAGCUCAACUAGAGCGGCAGCGUGAGACAGCUAGACAGCAAAGUCUCCGGUCAAGUGUGCCGCCAGUUUACUCGAGGAAUUAAACGCAGCAUUUGAAUACUAUUAAAAAUAUUUUUUACUGUUGUGAUUCGUUUUUCCUCAAAUUAAAAUCAGCAUUUGUUUUUUGCUU